AAUAUGAAUCAACAAAUUUAAAUAUUCGAGAGAGAGAGAGAGAGAACUGGGGAAUAUUCGUUGGCGCCAUUGACUCCGAUUUCGCUGAAGCUCGUCUUGGAUCGUUGCAGUUUCUGUUUCAUUUUCCAAUCUUUCCUUCCUUCUUCAAAUCUCUAUAAAUAUGGAGGAUCGUCGCCGGAAAAAGUUCGGUAGCGGUGGAAAACCCUAGGCCUUUCCGAGUUCCGAUUUCGGAAAUUGAAAAUGGCCAGAAAUGUUCUUGAAAUGUCCAUCAAUGGCGAGGAGCCGCCGCGAGCGUACGUAGUGGAAGACUGUGCGUUCGGCGGCGCCGUCGACUGUGACUCGUCGGCGGGCGAAAUUCCGGUCAUCGACGUCGGCGUGUUUCUGCCGUCUUCGGCGGCGCCGGAGGCAGAGGUUUUAGACUCCGAAUUGAGGAAACUCAGAUCUGCUCUCGCAAAACACGGAUGCUUUCAGGCAAUUGGACAUGGAGUUUCAAGCUCACUUAUUGACAAAAUUCGUGAAGUUGGAAGAGAAUUCUUUGAAUUGGCAGAAGAAGAGAAAGCAAAGUAUUGUCCAUCAGGAGAGCAUAAAUUCGAAGGGUAUGGAAAUGAUAUAGUGGUUUCAGAGAAGCAAGUUCUUGAUUGGAACUAUCGUCUCUUCCUUCGAGUUCUCCCACAUGACUCCAUAAACCUCAAUUUCUGGCCUCCAACUCCGAAUGAUUUUAGAGAAACCCUACACGAAUAUGUAAAUAACAUAAAGUUUGUGAUGGAAGUUCUAUACAAGGCGAUAGCGAAGUCGCUGAACAUCGAAGAAGACAGUUUCUUGAGCCAGUUCGGGGACCGAUCGCCGAUGAACGCGAGGUUUAACUUCUAUCCACCGUGUUCAAGACCAGAUUUGGUUCUUGGAGUAAAAGCUCAUACAGAUGGAUCAGGCCUCACAGUUUUGUUGCAAGACAAAGAAAUGGAAGGCCUUCAAGUUUUUGUAGAUGAGAAAUGGGUAAAAGUCCCUGUGCUUCCUCAUGCUCUAGUUGUCAAUGUUGGUGACCAAUUGCAGAUUAUGAGCAAUGGAAUAUUGAAGAGCCCAUUGCAUAGAGCAGUGACAAACUCAGAAAGGAUGAGGAUUUCAUUGGCGAUGUUUCACAUUCCUGAGUUAGAGAGAGAGAUUGGGCCAUUGGAUGGUUUGGUGGACGAAGAAACACCAAAGAAAUACAAAACCAUCAAGAACUAUGGAGCUAUCAACUAUGAGUGCUAUCAAAAAGGGAUUGUACCACUUGACACUCUUAAAAUCUAAGUUUAAUAUACCAUUUUAGUUUACGUGACUUUUAUCAAUGUAUUUAUAAUUGUUGUUCAUCUUUAGUUCAUAUACUUUCGCAACAAUUAUUUUGGACUCUGUA